AUCUGUUUCAAGUUAGGCUUGACAUCAUGCCUCCCUUGUCCCUCAAUUGAGGGAUCACUAGUUUGAGCUCACUCUCUUUCGUUGACCAUUGAUCUAACUUGAACUGAAGUUGACAAUUGCUGGAUUUGUCACUGGAGGAUCCCUGCUACUUAGUUGCUGCAAAAUCCCUGCUGAGCGAUGCCUUUCGGAGAAGUGGUCUGCGGCUCUCCUGGAAGCGGGAAAUCUACCUAUUGCUAUGGCAAACACCAACUGUUCACUGCUCUCAACCGACCGAUCUCCAUUGUGAACCUCGAUCCUGCGAACGACAACAUCCCAUAUCCAUGCGCCAUCGACAUCUCGUCGCUGAUCACUCUGGAGGAUGUCAUGAACGAACACGGCCUCGGGCCAAACGGGGGCAUGCUCUACUGCAUGGAAUACCUGGAGGCGAACUACGACUGGCUGGAGGAUAGGCUGAAGGAGCUGGGCAACGACGCAUAUAUCCUGUUCGACCUGCCAGGCCAGGUCGAGCUGAGCACGAACCAUGAGAGCGUGAAGAACAUCGUGCACAAACUGGCCAAGAGCGGCUUCCGCCUAGCCGCAGUCCACCUAUGCGACGCGCACUACGUGACAGAUGCGGCAAAGUAUGUCUCGGUGCUGAUGCUGGCGUUGCGAGCGAUGCUUCACCUCGAGCUUCCUCACGUCAACGUGCUGUCCAAAAUCGACCUCAUUCAGCAAUACGGCGAUUUAGACUUCAACCUCGAAUUCUACACUGAAGUGCAAGACCUGUCCUACCUGGAGAACGCCCUUUCCGCAUCUUCACCACGCUACAAAGAUUUGAACAUGGCCAUAUGUUCCCUCGUCGAAGAUUUCGGGCUUGUAGGCUUCGAAACACUCGCAGUGGAGGACAAGGAGUCCAUGCUGCAUCUCUCACGCGUCAUUGACAAAGCCACGGGCUGCGUCUUCGUUCCGCCACCGGAAGCCAAGCAGCCCCCGGGUACGGUCGAGGCGAAAGGUGUUCCGGCGACAGCGCGGCCAAACGUACACGCACUCUUCACCAGCGCUGCCGGGCCAAUGCAGGGCCCGAGAAGCGAUGUGAGAGACGUGCAGGAGCGAUGGGUUGACGCCAAGGAGGAGUGGGAUGCUUGGGAGAAGGCGCAGUGGAGGAAGGAAGGACAAAUGGUUCAGGAGGCUGCACGGAAAAGUAAGAUACGAGAAAGAGGUGCAAGGGAGAAAACGUGAUUGACCGAAAAGCAAGUUUGACUUCUGCGGUCUGUCCGAGUAUAACGUUGUCGAUGGCCUCUACCGUGAGUGGCAGGGAAGAUUCAUUUAGAGGCUUCAGUGUCGAAGUUAGCAUGUUUCCUGCUUUGGUCCGAAUUUUGAAGUCCUGGUAAAAGUUGGGAGGAUAUUAAUGGUAUGAAUCAUGUAUAUCUUAUUGCAGGAUGGACAUUUUGAACAGUCUACGAGC